GCGGCUCCGGAAACGCGCCGCGGGGCUGCUGGGCUCAGCCGGGCGCUGGCGGCUCCGUGGCGUUUCCUGCCACGCCGGGCCUGCCUGGGCCGCGCCAGCGCCGCUCCACCGAGGGCUGCGCGUCGGCCGCCACGGGGCCGGGUUUAUCCCAUGUCCACUCGGCGCCAGGAGCUCCUGCAGAUGCUGGGGAUCCAGGGGUGACCAGGAAAGAGAAGGUCUCUAUCCUUUGGGAGGUGACGUUUCUCCUGGGGAGUCAGCUCUGCCUGCCCCCCACCCCCCCCAGGGUCUUGCCCUCCCCCAGGAUGGAGCCCCAGGAAACCAGGUCCUGGCAAGCCCUCUUGAGAUACUCGAGGCCCAGGAUUCAGUGACAGUUGACGACGUGGCACAGUACCUCACAAAAGGAGUGAUUGAGACUGGACGCCGAGCAGAGGACACUGGCAUAUUACGGGAAUGCGACCUCCGUGGGAGUUCCUGUUGUGAAUCCGACCUGGUGUGAGGACACGCGCUGCUGGUAUCUGCCCCAUCCCCUAUUGCCGAGCGAGCGAAGCAUUCUGAGGACCAGUGUCUCGCGGUUCUCAUGUCAGAAGGCAUCUUGGUGACCCAGCAGCAGGCGAUGGGUGAAGAAGCUCAGCCGCAGGAGAUGGCAUCCACGAGCUCCCCGCGGGCCGGGGAGCCCAGCCCCGGGCUCAGACAGAACAGGGGCUCGGAGGGGGGCGGGGGGAGCCUUCAGAACCGGCCUAUGGAGCAUCACUUCGCGUGUAAAGAGUGCGGGGAUGCCUUCCGGCUUAAGGUCCUCCUCGUGCAGCACCAGAGAAUUCACAGUGAGGGGAAGGGCUGGAAGUGUGGUGAUUGCGGGCAGGUCUUCAGGGGGGUCUCGGAGUUCAACGAGCACCGGCUGGGCCACGUGGCCGCAGAGCCCCAGCCUGGCCCCAGCCGAGCCCCGGAAGAUGCUCCGGAGAGAAGGGAGCAAACGGAGAGGGAGGCGAAGCCUUUCGAGUGCGCGGAAUGCGGGAAGAGGUUUAAGAAGAACGCGGGCCUCAGUCAGCACCUGCGGGUGCACAGCCGGGAGAAGCCCUUUGACUGUGAGGAGUGCGGGCGGUCCUUCAAGGUGAGCACGCACCUCUUCCGCCACCAGAAGCUGCACACGGCCGAGAAGCCGUUCGCCUGCAGGGCGUGUGGCCGCGAGUUCCUGGAUCGCCAGGAGCUUCUCAAGCACCAGCGGGCGCACACCGGCCACCUGCCCUUCGACUGCGACGACUGCGGCAAGUCCUUCCGCGGCGUCAACGGCCUGGCCGAGCACCAGCGCAUCCACAGCGGCGCCAAGCCGUAUGGGUGUCCCCACUGCGGCAAGCUCUUCCGCAGGAGCUCGGAGCUCACCAAGCACCGGCGCAUCCACACGGGCGAGAAGCCGUACGCGUGCGGCGAGUGCGGCAAGGCCUUCCGCCAGAGCUCCAGCCUCCUGGAGCACCAGCGCAUCCACACGGGCGAGCGGCCCUACGGCUGCGGCGACUGCGGCAAGGCCUUCCGGGGCCCGUCCGACCUCAUCAAGCACCGGCGCAUCCACAGCGGCCUGAAGCCGUACGAGUGCGACAAGUGCGGGAAGGCCUUCCGGAGGAGCUCGGGCCUCAGCCGCCACCGGAGGACCCACAGCGGAGCGAGGCGCUGCGAGUGCAGCGCGUGCGGCCGCGUGUUCAAGAGGCGCUCGGCGCUGCAGAAGCACCAGCCCACCCACCACGCCUAGGCGAGGCCCCGCCAGGCCCCGAGGCCCCGGGCGCGGCGGCGGCGGCGGCGGCGGCGGCGGCGGCGGCGGGUCCCCGGAGGGGCGGGGCGGAGGCAAGGAGAUGAGCGGUCCCGCAGCGCUGAUGCACUUUCGCGUCACCGAGGUCGAAUCCAGCCUAUACUGGCACCAGCAGUUUCUAAGCGUGCGUGUUCCCCAUUUGGCCUAUCGACAGCAGCUUCUCCGACGGCCUACUUUAUUUGGACCAGUGUGACGGGCAUCAGGUCCCUUCAAGGUUUUCCAGCCCGCGGGCCUUGAGCCCAGAAUGAGAGGAGAGGAACCUGCGCGUGGGGGUGGAGCGGGGCGUGUAGGUCCCCUUCUCCUGGCUGCUCCCUCCGGGGACGGGCCGCGGAGCUAGUCAGCAGCGAUGGCCUCGAUGGAAUGGGACCCCAGCUUUCCUGAAGACAAGAUAGAGCCCCAGAGUUGUUUGGCCUACUUGAAUUUAUAAAUUGUUAGGGAUGUACAUAGAACCCUCAGAUGUCUUGUAAUAUUUAAUUUAUUAAUUCAGUUAUACGUACAGACUGUAAAUCACGGAUUACACAGAAUAAUAUAUUACUGUAGAAAAUACUCCUGUUUUGCCCUCACGCCACUCCACAAGAUGAUUGCAUUCGGAAUCCUCACAUGCAUCUCUGACCUCACCGUCUUCACCAACCUCGUAGCCCCUUUUGAGUCCCCCGACAGUUUAAAAGCACAUCCGGUGGCUUCCACCCAUCGAAGCUGUGUGCCCAAGGCUCUCACUAGAAACUUCCUCCUAAGCCAUAAUGACGUGUUCACAUCACGUUAGGACAGUUGGUGGUGGUGGUGGUGUUUUUAAACUUGUCCCAUAGCUCUACACCAUAACCACUUACCGUGUUUGCCUUUCUUAAAUGACCGUCAAAAGACUUUUUUGACGCAUCUAUAACUUGGCAUUGUGAGGUCAUACUCCCAGGAAUAAGUACUGAAUCUGGCCUAAAUUGCUUUUGCGUCCAUUUUUCUUCAGCCGGUCCGUUCUGGUGACCUCCGUGUGCGUCCAAAACUAGCAUCAGUUGGGGUCUGUUGCGGGUUCAUAGGUCUUGUCCUCAAGCAGUACUGUUCUGUUCAAGCUCAAGUAGUUGAGAGAGCAUCCCCAUAACAGGGACAUCUCAAGGACUCAAGUAUGAGGUGAUGCCUCUUUUUCGGGAGCGACAGCCUCUCCUCCUGUGGAGGCAGCCCUCCGUUUCGGGCUCUGUAACACAGGGGUGAUCACAGGACUACCUCCUAAGGUUAUCGUGAGAACUGCGACGCCACGCCUGGCCCGAGGGUGCACUCAGUGAAGGUCGUCUGCUGUCAUCACCAUAAUUAUUGCUGUCGUUCUAUGGCUCCUCAGUACGGACCUGGGGAUGGACCCAGGCCUCCUGACUGCUAGUCUCCUCUUCUUUCUCUCGUGCAAUGACUUAAGUCGUGUUCCUGUUUUCUUGCAUGCAAACCGUACGUUCAUCUCCUUUGACCAGUUAUCAAGUUACCUUUGGAUAUAUUGACUUUAUACAGCGGUUCUUUCUAUAUCGAUUGUGAUGAUCUCUUUUCCCGUUUUAUUGCUUUGCUCUUGGUAGCAGUUUUAUUACAUUUUUGUCGUGCGAGCUUUAAGUUUUACAUAUCUGAGCACUCACCGUUGUCCGUUAAGCCGUAACUUUCAUUGCUUCCAUACUUAGAUACGAUGAUGUUUUCUUCUAGAAUUUUAAUUACAAAUGAAAAGUUGAAAGCCCUGCCCCACCAGAAGGUGGAUGCCCCAGGUGGGCAGGCUGGAUGGGAAGGGGCCAGAGAAGCAGGCUCUCUCCUCAUCCAAGACGCAGACUCUGUGCAUGUCUGUGGGCAGUACUUGACUAUCCAACCUGGCCACGCAGACACGCAAGAGAAACGUCCAUCUCGGAUUGGCCAGAACAUUCUGAUUGUUCCUCAGUAUAGCCCUACCUGUCAGCAGCAGGCCUGGGCCUCAACUAGAUCAAUGGGGUGGUCCAAACGUGGUCUCGGCUGCAGCUGGCUCUCCUUCAAGCUCCGGGGAGCGUUGGCCAUGCCCGGCAUGGAUUCAGUGCCUGAGCAGCAGAUCCACCCAAGGCACAUCUCCUCGAACACAAGAAGACUCACUUGACCGAUGCUGUCAUGUGGAUGGCAUCCUCCUCCUAGUGAGUGACUCUGGAACUAGAAAGAGGUCAGUUUGGUGGCUUUUGCUUUGGGCAACUAGGGGGAAAUUCACCCACGUGUUCUGAUGUUACCUCCUGCAGCUACACCUAAGAGGAGCAACAGAGCAGAGGCUCGGGGCGGACCCGUGCCCUUCUGAUGCCCUGUGCGUCACGGCCAUAGAAGCUGGCCACAGCAGGCCCAGGCUGUGACUGUCAGCGGCCAUGCCCAGGAGGGGCAAUAAAACAAGGGUUUGGAGGGCAACCGUGCCCUUCUGAUGGCCCAUGUGGCAUAGAAAUCGAAGCUGGUCAUCCUGGGGCUAGGCUGUUACUCCCGACAGCCUCCCCCAAGAGGAACGGCAGCAAGGGCUGGCCGGAAAGCUGGCCUCCAGUGACCUGCCGAACCCGCAGGUACAAGCCAGCCGCACCGGGGCUGUGGUGUGACCUGCCAGCAGCUGUGCCCCAGGGGCCACUAGCGGGCCCCUAGAGGGGGUGUACCCUUCCUGGUGGCCCCCACCCCCACCCCCGCCGAGGCUGAGACGGAGCUUCUCAGCAGGAGCGCCCGGAGGAGCUUCUCAGGCCCCCAUCCUGGGAAGCAAGGUCCCCUGGUGACCGCUGUGACCUUAGCCAGAAGGUCCUCUGGAAUGGCCGCCGGGCCACGGGAGUGGCUCUCUGUGACGUCUCCAUCCUGGCCCUCGGGCUGGAGAGAAGCCAACAGCACUUGUUACAUAGCCGCUGCUUUUGCUCUGUGGCUUCCGGGCCGGCUGUGUCCGCAGUCACUGCUGCCUUCUGCAUCACUGGUCUGUUUUCGAGCUGUCAGGACGCGUUCGACACAGCCGCCAUUGGGUAAGGAACUUGACUCGGACGGGGGGCAAGUCUGGCAGCAGCUCACUAGCCGUUUGUCAGCUUCUCUGAAGGAUCCAGAUAUAGUAUUAGCUCAGAGCUUCACGUUGUCGCGGCGUCAUGCCCUCCUCGACUUCUGCCCUUCUCAGUUCUCGCGUUCUCUCUGACACAAACCCUCUUCUAGAGUUAACACUAAAGACCGCGUCUUUUCUGUCGCUGUGUUUGCGGGUGACGUCCGUGCUCUGUCCGGCUUUAACAUGUGUCCUGUAGUCGCGCCGAGUUCAGUGCUCGCCUCUCGUAACUUGGGGGUGGGUUUCCUUGGGCCCCGUAGGUAUGCUGCAUCGUCAGGUGCAAAAUGUGGUCAAGCGUCCUAGUGUGCGUGCUCAUCUAUGCAUUUGUGUAUCUACCUCAUUUCGUUUUUUCUUUCUAAUCACACACAUUCCUUUCGCAAGGGAAAUGUAGAGCAGUUGGGUUACAUAGAAUGCCGACUCUCAUUAGAAAUAGAGCCUUUUCUUAGAUUCUGAAAGAAACCUUCCAUUGCUUUUAUUAAAGUUUUGAAUACUUGCUGAAAUUUUUAAAUGAAAGUGGUUGUUUACCAUUUUUGCUGCUUAUUACGAUUAACUGUGUUGAUUAGUUAUGUCUUACCCACUUCUGCACUUCCAGAGUGAGCCCCCCCACCAAAUCGCAGUGCUGGCAUUCCACGGGCCCGGGGUUUCAGCCUUGUCGUGUGCCCUGGGACCCUCACCAACCCCCCCCCCCCCGCCAGGCCGCAUUAAUUCAACCAGAACCGAACACUUGACUCGAGGGCAGCAACCAGUCAUCAGAGCCGACUGGACACGACAGGCUGGGCCUUUCCGGUUCAAUGUCUGUGAAGUGCAAACGAAAAAUGAGAGAGGAGUUUCUAGUUGGUAUUGGAAGAAAAAGGGAGCCACACGAUAUUUAGAGGAGUUGACCCCAUGGGUGGCACCAGCUGGAAGACGUGUGGGCUCCUGCUAAGCACUCCAGAGCUGCCUCAACUCCAUCACCCCGACGGAGUCCUGGCCUCAUUAUGUUCUUGGAUUUCGGGCAACUGCCCCCAUCAGAUCAUUUGUGUCCCCACCGUAGUCUCCCUUGACCUGAGCCAGCUUGAGUGGGUCUCUGCUUUCUGCAAUCUGUCAAGAGUCAGUUGCCUUUUACCACUUGGCUGCUUCCUGAGAAGAAUCACAUGGCUGGUUUUCCUCAUGUUCUACCCGGCUCGAGUUCCUGGCCCAAGUCCCACCUGACUAUCGGAAACACCUGUUUGAAUGUGGUACUGAACUCCGUUCACUCAGAUGGGUAAAAAUCUAUGCCUUUUAGUCUCAGUGAGUUGGACCAAUGCCUUUCUGUCCAGGUAGCAUAGCUGUACGGAUCCCCUGUUUGUCCCAUGAAAUGAGUUUAAGUCAACACCCACCCUGUUGUUUAUUUUGGAGGUGUCUCGCUACUUCCAGAGAAUCCAUCAGAUUGGGGAAUUGAGAAUUUCUCUAUUAUUGGUAUACUUACAUUCUGUACUUCUCCUAGUAUCAGUUUAGGUGUUUACCUUCAAAACUAGAAAUGGUCUCUUUUAACUUCGCCUUCAGUGUUCUUUGCAUAUCUAGGAACAGUAGCCGUGUCUGCCCCGGUCCAUAUUUCAGUUGUUGGCGCUCUUCUCUCAUUCCUCCCUGAUCUCCUUAACUUGUCUGUUUUAUGGCACUUACUAUAAUCAGCCUUGCACUAGAGCUUCGCCCUCCCCACCUGCCCCCCACCCGUUAGAUUGUGAGCUCUUAUAAGACAGGGGUGACCCUUCAUGUCUGAUUCCCCUACCAGAUCUAGCACAGUGCCUUGCAUCAAGUAGAUUUCAAUAAAUAUAUGUUAAAUGGCA